AUGGGGUUUUUCGAUAGCGUCAAGUCCUUCUGGCACUCUGUCACCACAGACGACCACUACGCCAGUUAUGGGUCACCUUAUAAGAAUUCCACCGCUGGUGGUUCUGUUGAUCCCACUUCUUCCACUGCAAGAUUAGCUGAUUUGAAUAACUCGCUGAGCCACUCGCUUGUUGGUUCCCGUACGGCUUCAACGACCAACGUUACCGGCUACAGACCUGGGUUGAGGUCGCUGUCGACCAAUUUGAUCAACCAAACUGGCAGUGACGUGCAAAUGCAGACCUUGAACCGUGACGGUCUCCCACCUUUGCCUUCGGUUGAUGCUUUAUGGGAAAGGAUUGAGAAAUGGUUGGAAGAAGAAUACCCCGAGUUGGAGGACAGUUUGAACGAUGGCGCCUCCACUGCUGACUUGAAUGAGUUCGAGAGAGACUUGGCUAUUGGACCUUUGCCCGUAGAGGUUCGUCAGUUUUUGAAGCUUCACGACGGCCAGUUUCGUGGCGGUAAACCAACCGGCUUGAUUAUGGGCCUAAGCCUCUUAGAUAUGGAGAGCAUUAUGGAGGAGUACGCUGUGUGGGCUAAGGUGGCUGAAAGAAUUGAGAAGCAGGUUAUUGCCGUCAACCACCAGAAGAGCUUGCCUGAAGAGUCCACUUCGGCCUCCUUUUCUCAAAAUGAAAAACAAUUAAACAGCUUCCUUGCUCACCAGAAGUCCGUUCCUGUUAAUGCCGUUCAGUCCUACUACAUUCACCGCGGGUGGGUUCCCCUCGUCAAAGACCCAUGUGGUAAUUUGAUCGGCCUUGACUUGGCCCCAGGCCCUGCUGGUUUGCGUGGUCAAAUAAUCUUGUACGGUCGUGAUUUCGACACCAAGAUUGUCAUUGCAACCAACUUACAGGAGUUCUUAUUCCAAUUCAUAACCGACUUGGAGGUCGGCAACUACCAAAUCGACCAGUCUGAAUCUAACGCCGAUAACGGUUUCUUGGACAGUGCCCAGAACGAUGACUACAUGAUUGGUGACGAAGACGAAGGCAAUGGCGAACUUGCAUUCUUGGACCGUGAAGGUACCGAGUUUGGUGCUGAGCUUAAGGGUAAGAUUACUUACAUUGAAGCCUUGAAGAGAAGAGCCUUGAAGAGAUACAGCAUUCCUAAUGUUGACAAAUUCCAAACUGCAUUUACACCACAGAGGCUCGUCAACAUGGAAAGCUCCGUUGAGCUCCCAAAAGAAACUUUGAUUGAUGACAGCUCCAAGACCGAAGAGACCAAGACUGUGCAAGCUGAUGAACCUGCCGAGGAGAGUCCGUCUAAGGAAGAGGAAGCCUCUUCAACCACAGAAGUCCCAGAAGCCAAGGAUGAAACGACCGCCUCUACGACAGAGGAAAGCAAGAAAUCCGACAAACACACCGAAAUUGAACUCUAG